CCUGUAGAUCUUGAAUCUCAACUGCGAACAACUGCGAACUGUUUACAUUGUGUGUAUGAAUUUAUGUUUAUUUCACAUAAGUGCGUGUAAAUUAAUGUUUAAAUAGUUAUAUAGUAAAGAUCGAAGCAAGGAUGUCAAGUUUUAGCGCACGGACAAAGUGCACCGUACCAGGAUGUGGCAAUGUUUAUUGCAAAGCAAUUGUAAAGAAUCCACAUAUUCGAUUUCAUAAAUUGCCCAAGAACAUCCAGUUAAAAGAACAGUGGGCACAUGUAUGUGGCAAAAGUCUUGAAAAUUUUACCGGUUUUAUCUGCUCAAAUCAUUUUAAAAAAAAUGAUUACGAGAGAGCUCUUGCAGAAGAACUAGGCAUAUCAUCAAAAUCUCGAUUAAAGUGUACAGCAAUACCAUCAUUGCAUUUACCAAUAUCUGAUGAUUUAAAUGCAAACAAGGAGAAAACCGAAUUAAAUGACAUAAUCUUCACGCAAUCUUUAUUAGAUAAGAAGAAUAUUGAAUCAGGUCACACAAUUUUCAAACAAUCCUCAUCAACACAUAAUGAAAAUCUAUUGCUAUAUACAUGUUAUAAAAAUGCAAUAGUUCAAACAGAAGAAUGUCCCUGUCAUAUUAUGAAUAUAAGACUCAACUGCGUAACCAAAAAGUUCGAGGAGAAUGAAAAAUUUCGUAAGAAUUUAGAAAUAGAAUUAAAUGAAUUCAAAGCUAAGUACGAAGCAGCGAUUACCGAAUUGAAUGCGACAAACUCAAAAAUGACAAAAUUUAAAAAUAAUAAUCGAGUAAGAUGUUAUAAAAAUGCAAAAACUCAAACAGAAGAACAUUCCUGUCAUAUUAUUAAUAUGAGACUCAACUGCCUAAUAAAAAAGUUUGAGGAGAAUGAAGGAUCUCGUAAGAAUUUAGAAAUAGAAUUCAAUGUACUCAAAGCUAAGUACGAAGCAGCAAUUACCGAAUUGAAUGCAACAAACUCAGAAAUAAUAGAACUUAAAAAAAUAAUAAUCGACUGAAUAAUUGUUUAAAU